AUGAAGUCUUUGAAAGUUCUCUCUCUGCUUCUCGCUUCUCUGAGCCUUGUUCUGAUGGAAGAGAAUGUCUCAGGAGCGAGCACAAGGAGCCCCAGCGCCCGAGCAGUGCAGAAGCGCUACUCCGAGGCCACGCUGGCAAGCGACUACAGCCGCACGAUGGACAACAUGCUCAAGAAGAACUUCGUGGAAUGGCUGCUGGCCAGGCGAGAGAAGAAAAGCGACAACAUCAUGGAGCCAUACAAGAGGGAAGUGGAGCCCCAAGCAACAGCUGUGAAUGGCCAAAACCUGGACCURGGCACCCAGGAAGCCAACGACUUUUUUGCCUGGCUUCUAAAAAACAAGAAAAAUCAGAGUUUUACUUCUCCAGAAGAAUUAGAUUUGAAGGAUGUUUUGAACCAGGAGUUCCUGACGUGGCUCAUUUCGGCCGAUCUCUGCAGACCAACGUGA